AACAGAAUGUGACUCUUAGAAGGGUUGACCUUCAAUGAAUCUCCCAUAGGGUCAAAUAACGAUAUCUGAGCACCCUACAUAAAAACCUAUACGUGUGGUUCGUUGCGGCUGGUUUCGUGAGAAUCAUGAUUAGAAUCUAACAGUCAUCAUUUCGUGCAUUCCUCUUUAUAAGCAAGCUUAACAAAAUGGAUAAUCUUGGCCUGCCAACCCCUGUUUAUUUAUAUUUACUCUAAUAAUCGUUUCUUUCCAGAUUUGGUCACCAUACCACCUCCAUCAUUUUCCAUCAACCAAUCAACACAGCCUGCGUUCCAAUCAUCCGAACUCGCUCGAAUUUGCACGCCUGCUUAUGACCUCCUGUCGCCCUUUCUUAAUCGACCAACUAACUUCUAAAUUGCAUCCUUUCUAACCAUCCUUAAAUCGUGUUCCUAGUGUGCAUUUUCCACUAACUUUGCUUGGCCUGCCUAUUCACGUCCCGUAUUCCGCCCGAAACCACUAGUUUUAUUCGUGGCAUUUUCUGUCCCAGUUGAGAUGAGUCACCACAUUCGAGUUUGGCGACCCAUUGGCCAUCAUUAUGAUUGAAUGAUUACUGCGAUUUGUUGAUUAGCUUGUGUCCAACAUCUGCCAUUGUAUUCAUUCGUCUAGCUAUUGUCUUGCAUUAUAUGUUUGCUCAAUUUCAGUAGAGGCGCUACAGGAAAAGCUUCCGUUUCCGCUCUCAGUGUCCGCAGUCAAGCUGCUCAUGGGCCUCGAGAAUCCUAUCAAGGUGUAUAAAUGUGAUCUCUGUGAAUAUACGACACCGGAAAAGGGACUGUACAAUCGGCAUCAGCUGGUUCAUAGCGCCACCAAAAACCAUUCCUGUCCAUACUGUCCCUUGGUAACAACAUUUAAACAUAACCUCAAGUCGCACGUGCGUAAUAUACACCCAGAAAAAAUGCUCAAGUGUCCUUCGCCCAAGUGUCCUAUGCUGUGUCUCUCGCAGCAGGAACUCGAUAAACAUGUUCAGCAGAAGCACUACGCCAGUGCCCUCCUUGGAUUCGUUGAUUUUGCCCAACAGAAACGACGCAACACGAACAUGGAAAGGACGCGAGAAUCUCUACUUACAUCGAGAACAAUGUGUCUGCAAACUAUGUAAUUGUCGAAAUGGAUCGAAGUGUUACAUGGUGAGUAACUGUAGUUUUGGUUUGUACUUGAGAACUCUAUUUGUCUGUUAAUAUUAAUCCUCAAUGUCGCUUUUUGGCCAUCUACAUCUAUUACGCGUCCAUUUGAAGCCAGAAUGUGGCAUUGGACUACAUCGCAAUAUCCGUUCAUAAAAAUUCAAUGCAUAUCGUUCUCAUCGGUAUGUACCACUGCAACAUUUACUACAAGAAGCUCACAGUGAGCACUGGCAAGAGUGCACGCGGGCACAAUUAGAUCAAAAGCGUUCCAAAAAAAAUCAACACAUACAGCAAGUGCUAUUAUAUAGGCAGUAAAAAUAGUCAAUAAUUUAUAAUACACGCUAAUAAUCAGCGACUGACAUAGAAGAGUAUCGUGAAGUGCGGUGUCUAUCGAAACCAUCAUAGAACAGUGGAAAUUAGCCCUAUACGAUCAUAAUCAAUCCAGAUCAAAGUAGUAUAUCAAAAAGAAUUUACUUCAAUUUCAUUGAUAAAAGUCUUGGUUGCAUUACCUGAAUAUGACUCAAUAGAAUUGGUAUUUUCACUCUACAUUACUCAGCUGUUAUUUGAAUACGAAAGCGAUGGAGCUCGUUGUAUCUUCAUUCACGGCGUUACCUGACUUUUCUAUUUUUUUUUUCUAAGCGCCCUUAUGGUGUUUACCACUAACGCUUUGCUUUUGUGAAGCUGUAGUCUUUAUACAGCUUCGUGUCAUCUUCAGUUUCGGCCUGAUAUCUGUUGUCGUUGUUGGAUAGUACUGGCUUGGGUUUGAGUCAUGGCGCUGAUCAACCGGUUCAUAGUCCCGAGAAUCGACUGUUCUGGAGGUUCUCGACAAUCGCUGUCUUCUCGCUUCGUUAUCCUUGGCAUACGUGCACUUCGGCAGUACGAGAAUCGAAUGAGACUCUUCGUUUGACUCGACUGUCGUCAUGACGAACAGUCGAAUAGAUAAUGACAAUAAUAACAAUCAUAUACAUCAGUACGGAAGUAUGAGGAACGUUGCAUGCCCAACUAGCGGCUGCUGAAGACUGCUUUUUGGCGGAUAGCACCUGAUGGCUUACAGGUGGAAACGAAAGCGAAUCGCAGUCGCCUUCAGCAGAGGUUGUGAAUUCUACGGUGUGAAUUCGAUUGACAGCAGUGCUAGGUAGAAAAAGAACCGUCUUCUGACUGAUUGACUGCUGCGCUAAUACUAACGCUAGCGUCGACAGCAGUAACGACAGCAACGAUACGACGGUCGGUGUCUUGACUCAAGGUGAAGACACUCACCCUGUUGGUCGGUCGAGACAGGCAUCGCACUCCGAUCAAUCGGCAAAAUCCACCCAAAUGCAGAAGGACCAGUUUGGACCAAAAAGUUGAAGUAGUGGAACAGAAUCAAUAAAUGACCAGAGGCAGCCAAAGCCGCGGCAGCGUCUUGACGAAACAUCACACAUCAGCAUCAACCGAAAAUCUUCUGUUGUAAUCGCGUUCGCUGUUUGGUGACCAGCGAUUGGCCGUUGGUUCGCCGUGGUUGACGUGUGUCCAUUAGUUUGUCAGGGCCGAUCAAAAAUCAAGUCAAAAAACAACAGACAUGCAUAUACGCAUUCAGACAUAUGGACACAAACAGAAAAAGAGUAAGCGAGCGAGCCUAUGGCGAAAAUGUGCUAAGGUGAUCACAACGACCAGCCAGUAAAGCAAAGCAGUGCACUUAUUAUAUACUGCCCGCUUUUCCAAUUUGACCGUUCGCAGGCUUGCAUUCGCUCGCAAAUAAGGCUGGCCGGCUAUCCCCCACUGGUCACUCACACCAAUUCUUAGAUCGAUUCAAUGAUAUCCUCCAGCUGCCCAGCUUGUGUCAUAUAUUUGAAAAGCUCUCAUCUUGAGCAGCUCGCUUUCGACGACGAUGGCGAAAAGCACGCAGUCCGCACUCGUCAAUGACAUAAAAUAAUAAUCCGUCUCGUUCUUCUCUGAUUGUGUUGCUGCUGACCGCAAAAAGAAGACCCCCAUUGAAAUCCCAACACAAAUACACAAGCAAAACAUAUGCACGCUUCGUUGAACUAAUGUUUCAACGAGAAACAACCGUAUCAACAAAUGAAAUAGAGAUUCAGAAACAGCAACAGCUGAUUAAAGCAUCUCUGGUCGCAUGUGCAUACAUAGCUAACAAGAAUACAUAGGUCAAGUUUAGACAUACACACAUAUACUUAUAUGCUAGAAAAGACAGAUACGGAUGCGCAAGCUGGCAGGGGUAAUAUAAAAAAAAACCCUUACUAUGUAGAAUAAGACGUUGCCGUUUCAUGUGCAUCCGGCGGACAAAAAGAUAAGAAUAUGUUUAGCUCAGUCGGGAACGCAUAGAUGAUA